UGGUGACGCAACUCCCAGAACCCCCUGCGCAGCCAGGCUCUUUCCUGCGGCCUCAGGGGGAUAACGGAACCGGCGGGAAGCGGGUAGAAGAUGGUGACUCUUCCUCUGUUGCGUCUCCCUGCAGGGUGACGAGGGAGACCAGGCGUGCCGAUCCAGAGGAAGAAAGCUCCUGCGUGCCAAUGGAGAGACUCGCAUACAGGCCUAGCGAAGAGCAUUUGCCAUGAAGACCCUUUUCUCUGCAAUUUCACAGGAAACCUCAGAGUGGAAACCGGCUAGUGGACAUGACGGAGGAGACCCGUUGGCCGUACCCUUUCAUGAGACGUCCCCACCUGCCGUUCCAGGCUCGAGCAAAUCGGAGGGUCCGGCCCAUACGGACCAGAAGUGUUUCACCUGUCCCCAGAUGCUCUGCGCCAAAACCUUUUCAUCCAAAUAUAAGCUCUGCAGGCAUAUGGCCACACACUCCAUGCAAAAGUCUCAUCAGUGUGUACAUUGCGGGAAAAUGUUCCAUCGGAAGGACCACCUGAAAAAUCACCUCCAGACUCACAACCCUAACAAAGAGGCUCUCCAGUGUCCUGAGUGCAGCAAACACUACAGCACCAAGCACGGCCACCGCCGCCAUCUGGCUUUGCACGCGGCAGCCAGCGGGGACCUGAGCUGUAAGCUUUGCCUGCAGGUGUUCAGGGACAGCCAGGCCGUGCUGGACCACCUCAAGAGUCACUCUCGCCGAACCUCGGGGGGCAGCAAGGAGAAGAAGUACUCGUGCGAGCACUGCGACCGGUGUUUCUAUACUCGCAAAGACGUACGCAGGCACCUGGUGGUGCACACGGGGCGCAAGGACUUCCAGUGUCACUUUUGCUUGCAGAGAUUUGGCCGCAAGGACCACCUGACACGCCAUUUGAAAAAGAGCCACUGUGAAGAGAUGCCUCACAUAAAGACGGAGCCUCCUGACACACCGAGCCACGGGAGCUACGGCUCUGCAAUCGUGAAGGAGGAAUUCGGUCCGUUUGUGUGUCUGCAGCCCAGAGACCUGAUGCCGCCAGGAAUGUACUCAACUCCUUUCCAGGCGGUACCCGACAGCGGCAUUUCCCACUAUCUGGGGCCAAAUUCCCAUUCACUGGGGCCAAAUGACCCGACCAAUAGUACAGCUUCUCUUCCUGCAGCUCCUUCACCCCGACCAACUAGCAGGUUCCCUCUCACAACUACCUCAUACCUCCCCAAAAAUGAGAUGGAUGGCUUCUUCUCCGAGGGCUCCGGGUGCUUUUCCCUCUCCUCCUCGGAGUUAUCCCCGUCGGUGAGCCAGCCCUUAGUGGACGAGGCUUUUCUCUCCACGUUGUGUGAUCCGCUGUCUGCUACCAGCAUGGACUUAAGCCAUUUCCUAGGGUUUCUGCCUGUAAAUGCUUGUAACAUUCCCACGUCCGGCGCCAUCAUGGGCUUUCCGCAAGGUGAACCGCAGCCGCUCGCGCUCAACCACUCUCAGGCUCUCGGUUUCUCAGGGACUUUGGGUCCAUGUCCACCUCCAGCCUGUACCUCAGAAUUUACUGCUAGCACUCUGCCUCGGUUCCACCAAGCCUUCAAAUAAACAGGAUGGGCCCAGCAUCUUUACCUCAAGUAGCCUUAGCAAAUUUACCGCCUUGCGUAGUUAAGAUAAAGCUCGAAGAAUCGCAGAACGACUGUCCGUGUUGCCCUGCUUGCAAACACUUCUGCUGACACGGAAGGUCUCCUUACCUCAGGAUCUCCGAGUCUGCAGCUUUCCAUGCUGUGUCGGGACCGACAGAUACCCAACAAUGUGAAAUCCGUGGCAACAGAAACAGACUUUGGACAGACGUGUAUCGAGCCUGCAUGUUAACCGCCAAGAGUGUCACGCGAGUCUUUGCCGUAGGAUCACGCACCUCGUAGAGCUGUCUCUGCCGUUUCUCAGGCGGCAGUAAGAAUGGUCAGUUUUGAAGUGAGGCGUCCUGAUCAGACCCUCUGUUACUGUAUCACUGUAUCAGUGUCAUAUCUCACUUUAUAGCAAGAAGGUUCCAGAAUCUCCUACACGCGGGUCCUGGAGCCGUCUUCACGUAGAAGGUCAGCUGUAGCCAUCUCACUUUGUCCGAUGUCCUGCGGCUACUUCACGUCUCCCGUUACCUCACCGGGCAUCUCGGAGGAACCCUGACUUCCGGGAUAAGAUGCUCGUUUCAUUGCUAGUGACAGAUUCACUCGAUCUGUUCAGUUUUCCCCCAUGGGGAUGAAAAAUAACGAAGGCCUUUCAUUUCUCAAGCGUGGGAGUAACGCGCUGGUCUACUGCGACUGACCGGCACUUCUCGCUGCAAAAAAAAACAUUCUCCAAACUCUCUAAAGAGCCACUAAAUAACUCUACCUCGUUUUCUACAAUCAUAGGUUACUUGCACCUGCGCAGCUGACGUAACCUAAACAUGUCGGUGAUCGCUU